GAUUAGCAGAAUGCCCCUGCCUACCCCCAACGCUGUGGAGAUGCUGCUUCCUUUAGGACAGAAGGGGACAUAGUUGGUUUUGGCAAAGCCUAGAAUGGGUCAGUGAUUGGUCAGCAAGUGAUGUGCACAGACAGGUGAUGCCUUCUUGGGGACAAAGGAAGAUAAAUACAGCUAACUGUCCUUUCAAAGCUGGGGCCCAGGGGGAAGGUAAUAUGGAAAAACUACAACUCCCAGAAGUCUCUGUUUCCAGGCAAGUAGCGACGGUUGCUAUGGUUUCGGAAAACAAUAUGGCUGCUCCCAGAUGGGAUUUGAGUCUGUGCGGAGUAGGGAAGUAAACGUAGAUCUGAACGUUCUCAGUGGCGAGAGGAGGCACUUGAAGGGUCCUGGGGCUGGCAUUGGGCUCUGCGGGGAACGGUGAGGCCUUGCCCAGGAGCCAAUGGCAAGCAGCGUGGAUGAGGAGGCUUUGCACCAGCUGUACCUGUGGAUAGACAACAUCCCUCUGUCCCGACCCAAGAGAAACCUCUCCCGGGACUUCAGUGACGGAGUCCUGGUUGCAGAGCUUAUCAAGUUUUACUUCCCCAAGAUGGUGGAGAUGCACAAUUAUGUCCCUGCCAACUCUCUCCAGCAGAAGCUCAGCAACUGGGGUCACCUGAACAGAAAGGUGCUGAACAAGCUAAACUUCUCCGUCCCUGAUGACGUGAUGCGGAAGAUUGCGCAGUGUUCUCCCGGUGUAGUGGAGCUGGUGCUCAUACCGCUGAAACAGCGCCUGGAGGAGCGGCAAAGGCGCCAGAAGCUGGGUGCUGGCUCCUUACAGGAGCUGGCCCCUCAGGAUGGCAGUGGCUACAUGGAUAUGGGCUUGUCCCAGAAGGCUCGAGGAGACGGUGCUCCAGCCCUGGGAGGAGAGCAGCUCAGAGGGGGCCGGCCACAGGCGCCUCGACCCCCUGGGUAUAACCAGGCGCUGCAAGGAGAUCCAAGCUUCCUCCUUCAGAUCGCUGAAAAGGAGCAGGAGCUGUUGGCCUCUCAAGAGACGGUGCAGGUCCUGCAGAUGAAGGUGAAGCGUCUGGAACAUCUGCUCCAACUGAAGAACGUGCGCAUCGAUGACCUGUCCCGGAGGCUCCAGCAGGCGGAGCGCAAGCAGCGGAGAAAAGACCACUUUUCACAGCCCAGAAAACCUGUACGAACACACGGCAUGAUCUCCCAAACCGUGUCCACUUUGAGGCUCCCAGCGCUGGGCCUGGAGAGGCGGUCCUCUGGUUCCCUUCUCAGCUUAGAGGAUAGCGCCGACUCCAUCCUUGCUAAUUCUCCAUGGCCUCAGACACUCGAGAAGCUACCCUCGGAAGCCGAGGGAUUCUCUUGCCCCUCCUGGGUGCUUACUUGGGACCCAUCACAGGGUUGGAGACCACAACAGCUGGAGAGGAAGGGAUAAAGCGUUGAAUGAAGAAGCCAGGAAUAAGAGACAUCCAGCUACACAAUAGCCCUCCUAGAAUGGAGUGAUAAAAGGAGUGCCUGGGGAAGAUAGGGCAGAGUUGUCUAUUAAAGGU